AAGAUAUGGGUUAAUUUAUUAUGAGGGCUUCCAAAAAGAUAAGUCUAUAAUUACAACAGUACCUAGGUAUAUAAGAAAGUGUUCAUGAAUUUUUAUAUUAUUGGUGGGGUUUGAGUAUCUUACAAUGGCUUUCGCUACUGGCGCUGUCCUCCUUCUUGCCGCCACGGUCGCGGCCGCCGGCAUCCCUGCCUCCCGCAUUAGCGGGGGGGUUAACGCCGAUAUCUCGGACUACCCCUUCGUGGUGCAGCUUGAGAGGGACAACACCGGCUCCGGCUGGUCCCAGACCGGGGGUGGUGUGCUCAUCAACAACUUGAACUUCAUCACCGCUGCGCACAAGUUCACUGACGCUUCCUUCAAGGGCCCGAACUCCUUCCGCAUCCGUGCUGGCUCCAACAAGCGCAACUCUGGUGGCACCACCUACAGCAUCAGAACCAUCACCAUCCACCCCGAGUUCGCCGAGGAAGCUGAACGCGACGCCGACAUCGCCGUCGUCCGUCUCACCAGGGCCGUAGAGUUCACUGACCUCGUCAGCCCUGCUGCCCUGUACGGUGGUAGCUAUGAGGUUCCUGAAGGCUCUGAAGUCACCGUCGUUGGAUGGGGCAAGACCGGUCCUCUGGACGCGAAGCCCUCCGAACUUCUGCAAGAGCUGACCCUUCACACCAUCAAUUAUGACGAGUGCGCCGCUCGUUACGGUUUUGGAGUCACCCCGAACAUGAUCUGCUACGGAAACCUUGAUUCUGACGAGCGCGACAGCCCCUGUUUCGGCGACGCUGGUGGCCCCGUCAUCUACAACGGAGGCGUCAUUGGCCUCAUCUCUUGGGGACAGAGCUGCGCCAACUCCUAUUUCGCUAGCGUCGGAACCUCCGUCCCAGCUUACGUCGACUGGGUGGUCGACGUUGCUAUCGCUCCUUAAGUAAACUUAUUCGAUUAUGUCUGUAAGUGUCUGGAUUGCAAUAAAUAAGUGCUAAAGCCUC